CAGCUUGGACUCGGUGGCUUUGGGAUAGGCCGUAAAAGCCACCCAACAAGGCGUUGUGUAGAAAUACCGAGUCGAACCGAGACUAAAUAAAGCUCGAGUUCUGUUUUAGGGCGAAGAAAGAUGCGGAGAAAAUGAGGGGGGAAACGACGGAAGUGGAAGCGCUUUCGCAUUUUAACGGUUUCGUUCGGUGUCUGACGUCGAUCAGAGCGUAAUGAGCAGAGUUGGAGAAAGAAGGGGCUGAGCAGCUUUUUUUUUUUUUUUUUUUUUUAAUUCCUCAACUGAUCAGACAACUUGGACCGGACUGAACUGCUCUGUGAUCCGGAGACAAACUAUGGGCAGAGGGCUCUGAAGUUCCAGGCGGAGCAGCCGGGACCCGGGGCUCUUAGGAGGCUUCAAAAGAUUCCUGCCUGAUCUACAGCUGAGGACUCAGGAUGACUCAGCACCAGGGGGAACCCCCAAAUAAUAAGUGAAGAACAAUAAGGAUGGGGGCCAAUGGGUCUAGCUAUCCACACUCCUGCUCCCCACGUAUAGGGGGAAACACACAGACGCAGCAGACCUUUAUAGGGACAUCUUCGUACUCUCAACAGGGAUAUGGCUGGGAGUCCAAGCUGUACAGCCUGGAGCACGGCCAUGAGCGACCAGCAGACAGAAAGAAGAAGAGCCUUGGGCUCGCAACACUCAAACGAAGGUUCAUCAGAAGGAGGAAGUCCAGCCGCUCGGCGGAUCACGCGCGGCAGAUGCGCGAGCUUCUGUCAGGGUGGGACGUCCGAGACACAAACGCCCUGGUGGAGGAGUACGAGGGGACGGCAGCCCUCAAGGAGCUGAGCUUCCAGGCCAGCCUGGCCCGCGCCGAGGCGCCCAGUUUGCCGCGGGAUCUGGCUGCUCUUUACCAGCACAAGUAUUGCACUGAUGUAGAUCUCAUCUUCCAAGGUACCUGCUUCCCAGCUCACCGCGCCAUCCUGGCUGCACGAUGCCCCUUUUUCAAGACUUUGCUUUCUUCUUCUCCUGGUUAUGGAGCAGAGGUUCUCAUGGACAUUGACACAGCUGGUAUUGAUGUGCCCAUGUUCUCUGCCCUGCUUCAUUACCUGUACACUGGGGAGUUUGGGGUGGGUGGAGCAGAGGAUACCAGGCUACAGAACGUGGAUGUCCUUGUUCAGCUCAGCGAGGAGUUUGGUACUCCCAACUCUCUGGAGGCAGACAUGAAGGGCUUGUUUGACUACAUGUGCUACUAUGAUGCUCUCCUCAGCUUUUCCUCUGAUUCCGAGAUGAUAGAAGGCUCUAAUGAGAGAGGAGCUGUGGCCGCAGUGCCAGCAGGGAGUUCAGGAGGCAGUGGGGCACCGGGGACCCCAGAUGAGGACCUCAGGGCUCACAAGGCCAUCCUCUCAGCACGCUCCCCUUUCUUUAGGAACCUUUUGCAAAGACGAAUUCGCACAGGAGAAGAGAUGACAGAGCGCACGCUGCAGACACCCACCAGAAUAGUGUUAGAUGAAUCCAUCAUUCCACGGAAAUACGUGCAGGUCAUCCUUCACUGCAUGUACACAGAUGUAGUGGACCUCGGGCUGGUGCUGCGUGGCAGCCCUUCAUCCUGCAGCCUGGGUGAGGUGCAGGCCCUUGUUUCAGGAUGCAGAGGGGCCAGCACACGCACAGAGGAGGCCAUGGAACUUUACCACAUUGCACUGUUUUUGGAGUUCAGCAUGCUGGCUCAAGGAUGUGAGGACAUUGUUGUGGAAAGCUUAUCCCUGGACUCCCUGGUGCCCAUCCUGAAGUGGAGCUCCCAGCCGUAUGGCUCCAAGUGGGUCCACAGGCAGGCCAUGCACUUCCUCUGUGAAGAGUUCAGUCAGGUCGUCACCUCUGACGUCCUCUAUGAGCUCGGCAAAGAACACCUCAUCAGCGCCAUUCAGUCUGACUACCUUCAGGCGAGUGAACAGGACAUUCUGAAGUAUGUUGUAAAGUGGGGCGAGCAGCAGUUGAUUAAGAGGAUGGCAGACAGGGAGCCCAACCUGCUGAGCGGCACGGCCCACAGCGUCAAUAAGAGAGGCGUCAAAAGGCGAGACCUGGACGUGGAGGAGCUGAGGGAGAUCCUCUCUCCACUCCUGCCCUUCAUCCGAACCGAGCACAUCCUGCCUCCCAACAGUGAUGUCCUCGCCGACGCCCUGAAGAGGGGUUUGAUCAGCACCCCUCCGUCAGACAUGUUGCCCACCGCUGAAGGGGGCAAGGCUAACUCCUGGCUACGGCAGAAAAACGCAGGGAUCUAUGUGCGUCCUCGUCUCUUCUCUCCAUACGUGGAGGAAGCCAAGUCUGUGCUGGAUGAAAUGAUGGUGGAGCAGACAGACCUGGUACGUUUGAGACUGGUGCGCAUGUCAAACGUCCCGGACACUCUCUACAUGGUCAACAACGCCGUGCCUCAGUGCUGUCACAUGAUCAGCCACCAGCAAAUGGCAGGAAGCUCCAGUUCGGCUCCGUCGGUCGUAGCCAAUGAAAUUCCAGUGCCUCCUCUGUCUGUGGUGAAGGAUAUGAUCCGCAGGCUGCAUGAGCUGAGGCACACAGAGCAGGUCCAGAGAGCUUACGCUCUGAACUGUGGAGAGGGAGCCACGGUGAGCUAUGAGCUGCAGCUGAGGGUGCUGAGGGAGUUCGGCCUGGCAGAUGGAGCCACGGAGCUGCUGCAGAAUCCAUCCAAGUUCUUCCCAGAUGAGAGGUUUGGAGACGAAAGUCCAAUUCUGGCCCUUCGCCAGGUGAGCCGCUGUCGUGUGAACAGCAGCCCGGCUAUGGACAGCAUGAUAACAGAGCUAGACGGCGUCCCAGGCCUUCACCCUCCGCUGCCUCCUCCACCCCCUCCCUAUCACCCCCCCGCCACGCCCAGUCACACCCAGCUCAAAGGAGGCUGGAGACCUCGGGUUCCCAUGCCCACCCCCACCCGCUCCUUCUCCUACCCCUGCAACCGAACCUUGAUCCAGCGGCAUGCAGCUUCCAAGCAUGGCAGUUCGGAGUACUCCUCUGCGCCGCGGUCUCAGCCCCCAGACUGCACCAACCCCCAGGCUGCAGGCAGACCCCUGCCCUCAGACCAGCAUGCAAUGGGUGCGGAGCCUAUGAUGGGGGGGUUUAUGCCGGAUAUCGCGCUCGGUGUGUCCGUCAUGUCUCUGAGGGAGCAGCACAUGGCCGACAUGGACAGAGAAGGCCCUCACAGCCCCAUGGGGCCUCCAGGUCACCAUCUACCCCAUGGACCCUGCUCUUCUGUGCGCCUCAGCCACGGUUAUGGUCCUGGGCACGGCCAUUCCUGCAAGAGGCACGCCCCAGAGCCCAAGCUGGAGGCACAGGUGGAGUUCCCUGACCUCUAUGACUUUUCCUGCAGACCUACAACCCCCACCUCAUCUCAUCCUCUGCCCUCGUUCGGAGGACCGGACCUCUACAGCCACAGCUGCACGCAGUCAGGCUCCUACCCUCCUCCUUAUGUUUCUGAUUGUCAAACCCACGGCCACCUGCAGGGACGGACUGCUCCAGACCCACUACGACUGGAUGUCCUUGGCAUAAAAUCUCAGAGACACGAGGGAGUCCUUUCCAGUCCCUCUGGAGCUCAGCCUAGGACUGGGCAGUUUCCAAAGGGACGACCAAAUGAGACGGACCUUACCCACGGUUUGGGUCAUUUCCGCUCCCCUAGUGGAAACAUGGACAGCUAUGAUGAGAGGCACACUGGACCCAGAGAUGCUCCAGAGGAGAUGGUUCUAGGCGGAGACUCGUCAGGCCCAGGGCCCCUCCAACAGUCUCACAGGAAUAGUGUUGGCGAAGAACUCCUCAGAGACCGCAGGUCCCCCAGCAAACCCGAUUACCCCUAUAAGAAAUCUGCACUUUAACCCCAGUUCAGGAGCAGGGGUUGAGUUAGGAAAAGGGAAGAGAAAAAAAAAGAAGAGUAUCUGUUCCGCAGAGCACUAAAUGUAAUAUGUGUGAGUGAAUAAGAGAACUGUUGGUAUCUUCUGUCCUACCUCUAUUACUGUGCUCCCAUCACACAGUCGGAGUUUAAAGGGGAAAUUUGGUCGACAAUUCUGUCUGCUCAGUCCUGCUCCUUUACAGGAUUAAUGCAAAUCUUCUCUCAUGGUAUAAUCUCAUGACUUGGAUCAGCUGGAGUUCUGCAGAAGAUGCUGUGGAAAUCUGCAGAGCUCAGUUAUAGGUUGAUUAGUGAACCUCCGGGUUGAGAUGGAAGGAUAAAUUCUCAGUUCAUCUAACUGAGAAACAGCACACAGCCUGCGAAUAAGUAAUGCAAUGAAAUAAUAGUGUUAGUAUAGAUGCACUCGGCUGGGUUCUGCAUCUGCGUUUCUUUAUGUAGCAUGUCUGACAAACACGUUCUCCCUCCUGGCCCCUCACCUUUCAUCUGAGACAGGAAGUAGGUCAUCAGACUGCAUCAUUCCUUGGUAAUGAGUGUGAUAACAGUGCAGGAUGUCAAGGCUAACUUUGUAUCUCUGGCUUAGAGGAGGGGCCAGAGGACAGUGUCAUUGCUGAGGUAGAGAGGAAUCUGUGCGUGCUGUGAUUGUCUUGCAUUU